UGGAGCUCAGACAACAAAGGCAUAGAGAGAUUGGUUUUCUUUCUCUCAGCAUCUCCACCCAACCAGCAGAAAACCGGUCUCUGAGGUUCCACCAAAAUAUGGAACUUGAUUUUGGACAUUUUGAUGAAAGAGAUAAGACAUCCAGGAACAUGAGAGGCUCACGGAUGAAUGGGCUGCCUAGCCCCACUCACAGCGCCCAUUGUAGCUUCUACCGAACCCGAACCUUGCAGGCACUGAGCAACGAGAAGAAAGCCAAGAAGGUACGUUUCUACCGCAAUGGGGACCGCUACUUCAAGGGGAUUGUGUACGCUGUGUCCUCUGACCGUUUUCGCAGCUUCGACGCCUUGCUGGCUGACCUGACACGAUCUCUGUCUGACAACAUCAACCUGCCUCAGGGAGUGCGUUACAUUUACACCAUUGAUGGAUCCAGGAAAAUCGGAAGCAUGGAUGAACUGGAAGAAGGGGAAAGCUAUGUUUGCUCCUCAGACAACUUCUUUAAAAAGGUGGAGUACACCAAGAAUGUCAAUCCCAACUGGUCUGUCAAUGUGAAGACAUCUGCUAAUAUGAAAGCCCCUCAGUCCCUGGCUAGCAGCAACAGUGCCCAGGCCAGAGAGAACAAGGACUUUGUGCGCCCCAAGCUGGUGACCAUCAUCCGCAGUGGGGUGAAGCCUCGGAAGGCUGUGCGUGUGCUUCUGAACAAGAAGACAGCCCACUCUUUUGAGCAAGUCCUCACUGAUAUCACUGAAGCCAUCAAACUAGAGACCGGGGUUGUCAAAAAACUCUACACUCUGGAUGGAAAACAGGUAACCUGUCUCCAUGAUUUCUUUGGUGAUGACGACGUGUUUAUUGCCUGCGGUCCUGAAAAAUUUCGUUAUGCUCAGGAUGACUUUUCUCUGGAUGAAAAUGAAUGCCGAGUCAUGAAGGGAAACCCAUCAGCCACAGCUGGCCCAAAGGCAUCCCCAACACCUCAGAAGAGUUCAGCCAAGAGCCCUGGCCCCAUGCGCCGGAGCAAGUCUCCAGCUGACUCAGGUAACGACCAAGACGCAAACGGAACCUCCAGCAGCCAGCUCUCUACCCCCAAGUCUAAGCAGUCUCCCAUCUCUACGCCCACCAGUCCUGGCAGCCUCCGGAAGCACAAGGUAGACCUGUACCUGCCUCUGUCCUUGGAUGACUCAGACUCACUUGGUGAUUCCAUGUGAAGGAGGAGAAUGUUCACAGUCCAGAGUACAAGCUUACCGUUACGAUAGGGUACUUCUGCUCAAGUGUCCAACAGGGCUAUUGGUGCUUUCAAGUUUUUAUUUUGUUGUUGUUGUUGUUACUUUUAAAAACACACUGUAAUAUGUUGGGUUUAUUUUCCUGUGAUUUGUCAUCUGGGCCACUGAUCCACAGUUACCAAUUAUAAGAGAUAGACUGAUAACCAUCCUUUGGGGUAACUUUCCAAGGAUGCGAAAUGUGCUAGUCUAUGACCUUUCUAUUGAAUACUUAGGCGCCUGCAUUAUUUUUCCCCGUCUCACUUUGCUCAUACAUGACAGUCUUCCUUCUGUAGAGAGCUGUUUACAUACAUGGCACUUAAGAUGUGUGUGUGGGGGAAGAAAACUCAUUGGCAAAUCCAAGAGUGACAAAUACAAGUGCCCCUUGUCUCCCCAUCUCAAGAAUGCUGGAGGAUCCUUGGAAGACGGCAAGGCAGCUCCCCAGCCUGGCUCUUCACUCCUGACUGAACCCCCAGUUUGUUGUUUAGCGCCAAUUCUGGCUGUCAAGGGGGAGAGAGAAACACCAGCAACUUGUCAUUCUGACACCAGAUGCUUAGGACCCCGGUGCAGGGCUACCUUAAAGAAACCAGGCAAAAUUGGAAAACACUGUAGACAUUUCAGUAGUGUUUAUACAGCACAGUGAAUUCCUUGUCAACAUCUCCACUGGGGCAAUUUAGAAUCAAUAAGCAAUUAAUAAGAGUUGGGGGUGAGCGGCUUCCAUAUACCUGAUUCCUCUAGGAGGCUGUCUAACACAAACCGUACGGUAUCCAUUUCUCUCUGUUCUAUUGAAUGCCUUGUCAACAGCUAACACUGAAAACACUGUGAGAAUUUGUUUUCAGGUCUGACACCUUUCGGUCGCUUUUUAUAGCAAGAAACCAAUAUCCUUUUUAUAAAACCUCGUGUCUAUAUUUCAGGAGCAAACUCUUCAGGCUCCUUUUUUAUAAACUGGUGAUUUUUCUUUUGUCUAAAAAACACAUGCAGAAAAUUUACCAAAAAAAAAAAUGCAGAAGAAUAACGUAGUUUAGAAAUCAUGCUGUCACUGCCAAACAGAAACCUCCAGGAAAAAACAAAAUGAAUAGCAGAGGCCAAUUCAAUAGAAUCAGUCUUUUGAUAACUCUUUAACAGUUAUGCUUACAUUAAUAAUUUCAAUGUGGACCAGACAUUCUGAUUAUAUUUUAAAUGAAAUGUUAUGGCAUAUUUUAAGCAGCUCUUUUUUAUCUAUAAUCCUGAUAUUUCAUACUGAAGACAGAGAGUCCUUUCACUUGUUUUUAACACUAGAAAGGAUUUCUCUUUGCUAAGGACUGAUCAUUUGAAAUAGUUCUCAGUCUUUGAGGUACAGGUUCAUAACACUGCUUUUUGUCUGUAAUCAUAGCCCAUAAUAGCAAAGGCAACUAAAUUAAGUGAAAGCCAUGCAUGCCAGUUCUGUGUUUGCUUUUAGCAGAUAUGAAGAUGUCCUUAUUUCUUUGUAAUUGUUCAAAUAGUUGGAAAGGCGCAGCAUUUGAAGCCAAGCUGCUGUUUGGCUAUUGAAUGACUUGCAUUUGUUCCUCCACUUUAACUAGAAUGAGCUUGCUCUGUGUGUGUGUGUGUGUGUGU